AUGGGAGACGAAUUACUUCAAGACAUUGAAAAUACUCAAACACAAACUCAAAAAUCACAAGUGGACUGGAGUCAACCAAACACUCCGUUAUUUAUACCUAAUAUUUGGGGUCGAUUUUAUCCAAGAAAAGUAUCCUUGAACGAAAAAAAUUGUUGGAAAAAUACUGGCAAAGAAUAUAUUGAUCUCAUACAACCUGAAUUUACUCUCGGAAGAGCAAUAGACUGCACAUUAGUCAUAAAAAAAGAUAUUUUCAAUGAUGAUAUUAUCAAAAGUGUUAGUAAACAACACUUCCUUCUUAAGAGAAAUUUAUUAGAACCUUUAAGCCCAGCGAUAAUUACGGACUUAUCAUCUAAUGGCACAUAUGUUAAUGGUGAAAAAAUUGGCAAGGGACAAAGCCGAGUACUAGAUGAUAAUGAUAAAAUAGGUGUGACUCAUCCUAAAGUAGAAAUUCUUAUAUACAAGGAUUUGUUAAAGAGUGAGCAAGACAAAGUUCCCAAAGAAAUCUCAAAAAAAUAUUAUAUAUCUAAGAUUUUAGGGCAAGGUGGUUGUGGUGUUGUAAAAUUAGUGUAUGAUAAGACAAAAUGCACAAAGUAUGCCAUGAAAAUAAUUAAGAAAAGUAGGUUUCCAAAUGGACAAAUCAACCAUCUGAAUGACCCACAAAAAAUUGCGAAUGAAGUCAACAUUAUGAAGGCGCUUAGACAUCCUUGCAUAGUCUCAACAAAAGAAGUUUUUGACUCUCCUGACUCGGUUUACAUUGUGUUAGAGCUAAUGCAGGGUGGUGAACUAUUUGACCGAAUCUCAAAACAAGGACAGCUAUCGGAACAUCUUACAAGGUUCUUCUUCAGGCAAAUUGUGCUGGCUGUGAAAUACCUACACUCUCAAGGAAUCACUCACAGAGACCUAAAACCUGAAAAUGUGCUACUUGAGAGUAAAGAAGAAGAAACCUUAGUGAAAAUCACCGAUUUUGGCUUAAGCAAAUUUGUAGGUGAAAAUAGCUUCAUGAAGACAAUGUGUGGAACACCUUUGUAUUUGGCACCAGAAGUAUUAAGAGCAAAUGGACAGAACUGCUAUGGACCGGAAGUCGAUGUGUGGAGCUUAGGAGUUAUUUUCUUUGUUUGUCUUUCAGGUUACUUGCCAUUCUCCCCUGAUUAUAAAGAUCUUUCACUAAGAGAACAGAUCUUAAGAGGACAGUACAAGUUUUCUGUUGCACAUUGGAAAAAAAUAAGUUUGCCGGCCAAACUAUUAAUGAAAAGGAUGCUAACUGUGAAUGUUCAGAAACGGAUCACACUUGAUGAAAUCCUCAACCAUAGCUGGAUGCAGGAUUCCAUUGUGAUUAUGAAAAUAGAGAGGCUACUCACAGAAUCUAUGCAAGUAAAAGACUUCAGUCAGUUGACCAUGUACCAAAAUUCUGAUGAGGAAAAUAAUAAUUCUGAUAGUGUCACUGCAAGGCACGUGGCUACAGUGAAACGGGUCUUGAGUGACGUAUACAGCUCAUGUGAACCAAUACCAAAAAAACUAAGAAUUGACACAUGGAAAAUUCAAAAUGAUGAUACAAGGUCUACAAACAGUUAUGGUUCAGAAGAAUAA